GCCCGGAGUGUGCACAAGAUUAAGGAGUUGGACCCUCGAUUCCACGAGCCACUCGCACGGGCGGGACUACUACCUUUCGCUCUCAUGAUGGCCGGAGCUCCCAUGGAGGUCGGUGGUAGGACACCUCUGCCGGCAAUUGAUGAGGCACUGCUCACAGUUCUCGUCGACCGCUAGCGUCCUGAGGUGCACACUUUCCACUUUCCUUUUGGUGAGAUGGCAGUAACACUGAGGGACGUGGCCAUGCUGACCGGGCUGCCAAUCAGGGGUGCCCCGUUAAUAGUUUCGCGACCCGCAAGGGAGCAGUGGAAGGGUUAUGUUGCGGAUAGGUUUGGUGUGCAAUACGACAGGAAGGAUGCUGGCCUCUCCAUGUCCUGGGUUCAUGGGCUGACACAGUUCGGUCCAUGCCCACUGGAUGCGGACGAGAAUACACUUAUGCAACACUAUAAGGUGUACUUAUACGUCCUGCUCGGAGGCAUCAUGUUCUGCAACACGGCAGGCGAUUAUGUCGUCCCACAUAUUGUAUGGUUAGCAGCCCACCUCGCGUCACAUCCUUAUGAGCCUACAUCUUACAGUUGAGGAUCUGCAGUGUUGGCUGCAACCUACA